AUGGAGAGCGCCCUCUUGUUGGCGCCCAAAUUAGUUUCCAAUCCAAGCAGAGAAUUUCGCAGCAAUGUAAGGCAAUUUCAGAGCUCAUUUUGUGGCAAAUCGAUAGCUAUUGUGGAAUUUACGAGAACUGAUGCAUAUACCAACCAUAAAAGCAUCUCUAAGAUCACUUCGUUGUUUUCACUUGGGAAGAAGAAGGUGAAGACAAUCAAGAGAGAGACUGUUAUCCCAGAUCCAGAUUAUAGAAUACCGAUUGUUCUUCUUGGUUUUGCUGGGGGUUUAGUGUAUGGAGAUAAUCUAUUAGCAGCUGCUCCUGUUGGUCUACUUGGCUUACUUCUACUCUUUCAGACGACUAGAGUGAAGUUUGUCUUCGAUGAUGAAGCUCUGGAAGUGAAAGUGGGAGAAGAGCUGGAUGAAUCGGGUGAAAAUGUCUUUGUUGGUGGCAAAAACCGUUGGAAAUACUCAUCAUUUGUAAACUGGGAGCUUUGGUGGCCAAAUUUCCCGAUUUUGGUUUACUUCAAAGAAACACAAACAAAGCCUGAAGGACAAAUCCACUUUUUCCCAGUGAUUUUUAAUGGGAAACAGUUAUACGAUGUUAUGGUGGAACGAGCGGGCCCUUCAAAGACUAGUGGCCCAAAUUAGUAACAUACUUAGAUUUAUUUGUUUACUAAUACCAUCAUGUUUUCAUUUCUUUUUAUUAUAGUAUUGUACUAUCAAUUUUUUUCCUUAUUAAGUAAUUGUACUUUGAAAAAGUCUGUGCAUUUAUAGUAUUGUAUUUUCAGUUAUUUCUUAUUAGGACAUUGUACUUUCAAAAUUAUAUCUAAGUAUAACAGCAAAUAUUGCUUUUUAUUUGUGUGACAAUA